AUGCGACAGACCCUUCGCCGAUCCUGUUCUGCCUGUGCAAGGUCUAAAUUAAGUUGCGACCUCCGCACGCCUCAUUGUUCGCGGUGCAUCAAGCGCAAGGUCUUGUGUGUAUACGCAAACCAACCUUGGACGGUGCAAUCUGCAUCUUCUGGGACCGAAGGUGGCAAAGCAGUAGAAUCUCUUGAGCCAUACGGCGCACUAUCAACCUACCAAUUUGGCUCUAUUGAUCCUUUUGAUUCGUAUCCUCAAACGAGGCUUCCUCGAGAACAUGUCAGACGCCUCAUCCACAACUUUCUCCACAAAAUUGCUUUCCAAUAUUAUCCCCUUGACCUCAACGAAACCUCGAAUCCUUUUCUCAUUUCUUGGUGGCCACUCGCAUUGGGAGAUCCUGCACUCUUUCAUGUCUCGCUGCAGACUGCGUGCCUUGAUGAAGAGCUAAUGGCCCAAAGGGGGUUUCAAGCGUCGGAAAUGUUGAUGGCCGACUCGGUCUCGUUACUUCGACGAAAAAUUCAGGAUCUUUCACUAGCUGUGCAAGACGGCACGAUGAACUCCGUCAUCACCUUGGCGGCAAUUGAAUUUGGCAAGGGAAACUUCGAGGCCAGCAAAACACAUGUUGAAGGUGUGAAACGACUUGUGAGCUUGCGAGGCGGUAUCAGCUCUGUGAGGCAGACUAGUCCACUGACUGCAAGAAUGAUAACCUGGGCAUCAAUGCUCAUCCUUGGCUAUCCACAAUUCCCUGUUCAAGAUGACGGCGGCGUCGGAGAUGGCAUACCACCAAUCCCGGAAUGGCUUUUAUGCUCGAUAGCCCCGGAGGACGACACACUUCCCGAGCUCAACUGGGUCAUUGAUGACAAAAUAGUUGAAACCGCACUGAUUCGUCUCCGCUAUAUUUUCAAACGCGUGGAAGGUGAACCACUCUCCGGGACAAGACUUCACGAUCUCGCACUGUUUGUCACGCACCGUCUUCUACUCUCGGUCCCGGAUAUCCAGGACACAAAUACAUCGCCGGUCACUGAAUGCAUUCGUUACGCACUCAUACUCUACAUGUUCACUAUCCAAGGCCCGAUAUAUUACUCUCACGCAGUCAUCUUAAGCUCCCUCGUGACCAAAUUCAUCGAGCACCUGAAAAUUUUAGAAUCUUUUUCUCACGUGUAUGAUGCAUUGGAUCUCUGGCUGUUGACAAUGGGAAUGGUGGCAUCCGUGGGGACCCCGGGCUAUUCUUUCUUCACGGAGAUGAUCCGACGCGUUUGUUUCCAUCUUCAAAUCACUGAAUUCCACGAUGCUCUCAAGUGUAUCAAAGGCAUCUGCUGGCUAGGGGGCUUGCAAGGGGAAGCUCUUCUUCGACCACAUUGGGAUGUCGUUUUGGCUGAUGAUAUCCAACUAAACCUGGUGGAGUCGACAGCCGAUUUACCACCAAACAGCCUCGGCGUGAAACCUUGA